AGUUGUUCCUGGAUUUCAUUGGUUUCCAGGGUUAGACAAAACAUGGCUGCAAUGACAGUGUUGGAUAGUGAAACGAAGCGUAAAUGUUUUUUUUCGUCUUUUUAUUUCUUUUCUUUUUAAUAGUAAUGCGUUCAAGGUGUCCGGGUUUAUGUGAGAUAGUGAACAGAUUUUAAGGCUUAUUCACGGAUUUUGUAUUUAUCAGGGUUUUAAAAGAAAAGUGCAAAUAAUAAUUGUUUUGUCCAACUUUCAGUUAGAAUUCUGGGGAUGGCAGUGUUUAUAGUGAAUUGUAAGUUAGUGAUCGAGUGCGGUGCAGUAAUUCAUCCGAGAAUUUGCAUAUAAACUGCUACAUUGACUUAGCCGUUUCAGAAGAAACGUCGUCUAGUCAGAAGAAAUGUUAGAAAAUGAUGUUUGACCCUUAAGCAUAUUUGCUGAGAUCAAGCGUCUGCUCAUGAUGAUGAAGUUGCAUUCAACAUCCCAUCAUGGAUGAACGUCGUGUGGCAGAUUACUUUGUUGUCGCAGGGUUGCCUGACCAGCCUGAGCCUCUAGGAGAUUUGUCACGAGAUGGGGCUCAUCUUAAGGCAACCUUCAACCAAGCACCCAUAACAGAUGUGACUGUGAUAUUUCCUGGUUUGGGAGAAGAUAUUCCCCCAGGUUACCAUAUGAUAGACACCACACCAACAGGUUUGGAAGCAGAUCUGAAUCAUGGGAGCCUAAGGAGCCCUCAAGUUUACCUCUGUUAUCGCAGAGGUCGAGACCGGCUACCCCUUGUUGACAUUGGGGUGAUGUAUGAGGGGAAAGAAAGAAUCAUGUCAGACUCUGAAGUGGUUGAAACUACACCUGGAGGACGUGUUGCCAAUGUAAACAACUCAGCAGCCAAAACGUUUGUCACAUACCGACGUGCUCCUACCACCAUGCCAUGCAACGAACUUGUCGUGACAGACAUCUGUGUGAUCCUCGCCAGUAAAGGGGAGACUCCGCCACAUGCCUUCUGCAGGAUAUCAAAGAACCUGAACAAAGGAAUGGUGGGGUCUGAUGUGUUUCUCUGUUACAAGAAGUCUAUGAAUCGUGCUAACCUGAUACCUUAUAAGCCAGGAAUCUUGGCUCGUUACCCCCAUAGUGACUAUUCAAAUUUCCCCCUGCCUCCUACAGUGCCAAUGUUUUGUUUACCGAUGGGCUCGACAAUUGAGUGCUGGCCUGCUACUGCCAUGCAGCCAAGACCUGUCUUCUCAACAUUUGUACUCACCGUAUCAGAUGCUGCAGAAAAGGUAUAUGGCUCAGCAGUGACGUUUUAUGAGCGAAUUCCAACUGGCAGCCUUACAGCAGAACAGUGCCAUGAACUUCAGAUAAACCAGUCAGCUGACGAUGAGAAGAAGACAGUGAACAUCAACAAGUGCAUUUGCCUGCUCUCUCAUUGGCCAUUUUUUGACACAUUUGAGAAAUUUCUCAUGUUUCUGUAUGAGAUGGCAUGCUCUGGAUCCCACAGUGUGCCCAUUGAAAGACAUAUCUCACAUUUCCUCGAGAAUGUGCCAUUUCCGUCCCCACAGCGGCCCCGCAUCUUGGUCCAGCUGUCAGCUACAGAGCGAGUUGUGCUGACCCAACCAGAAGACCUUCCGCUGCCAAGAAGUGGUGCAAGUUUCCGAGACUUGCUGAUGAGUCUGGGUGCUGAUAACUGUCUAAUGAUUAUGCUGUUGGCUCUGACUGAACAGAAGCUGCUUGUCCAUUCGUUGCGUCCAGAUGUGCUGACAGCAGUAGCUGAGGCUGUGUCUAUGAUGAUUUUUCCAUUCAAGUGGCAAUGCCCAUACAUCCCACUGUGUCCACUGGGCUUGGCUGAAGUGCUUCAUGCCCCUCUGCCAUUCCUUAUUGGUGUUGACUCAAGAUUCUUUGAUCUCUACGACCCGCCAUCAGAUGUCACCUGUGUGGACUUGGAUACCAACAACAUCACAUUGUGUGAGGAGAAGCGAGGCCUGACUUCUAAGUUGCUGCCAAAAAGGCCGGCACGGGCCCUUCGUAAUACCUUGGAAGAGCUGGCUAACAAACUUCAUCAGUUCAUGAGCAGCGUUGCCAAGAACUCUGCCCAGGAUGCCAGCAUUGAUAGGGACUUCCAGCAGAAGCGAAAAGAGCAAAGCCUAGAGUUGGAGAUACAAGAGGCAUUCUUGCGGUUCAUGGCAACUGUUUUGAAAGGCUAUCGAACGUACCUGUUGCCAAUAACGAAGGCACCGACUAUUGGGACUACAGAUCCCAGCUCAUUAUUCCAUUUACAAGGGUUUCUCCGUUCACGUGACAAGACCCAUCACAAGUUCUUCAACUUAAUAAUGAAAACUCAGAUGUUCAUUAGAUUCAUUGAAGAAAGAUCAUUUGUGUCAGACAUGGAUGCCAGUUUGGCCUUUUUUGAUGAAUGCACUGAGAAGGUGGAGAGUGAUGAUGGAGACAAUCCCCUUGUGGAGCUUGAUGAAUCACAUCAGAGUGAGCGGACAGUGUUCAUCAUGCCUCCAGAACCAAAUGGAUUACCUCGUGGUAGAAUGUAUUCUUAUAAGAGUUUUGUGCUGGACCCUCUUCUCUACAGUCGCAAGGAGCUAAGUUUCCGCAGUGCAGGGUCACGGUUGAGUGGGGUUAUGCCAGGCAGUCCCAUGGCACGAAGGACCAAGCAUGAGAUCAAGUCAGCUCAGAAACUAGCUCGAAAACAUGCAACAUCACCUGAAUUGUGGGCCAAGUGUUUGCUGACCACCUGCUACAGCUUGUGGUUCAUACAUUUGCCAAGUUAUGCCAUGCAGUCACGAUCGAAGGCUCCAGCAUGUCUCCAGUCAGCAUAUGAAUUUCUAGUCAAGAUACAGAAGAUGAAGUUGCAGCCCACAGACGAGGUGUGUUACCGAGUGAUGAUGCAACUGUGUGGUGUGUACAGCCAGCCUGUGCUGGCCGUCAAGCUGCUGUCACAGAUGAAGAGAAGUGGCAUUCAGCCCAAUGCCAUCACAUACGGCUUCUACAAUCGUGCUGUUCUGGAGGCAACAUGGCCUUCUGACUGUACGAAUUCCAGUCAGCUGCUCUGGAAUAAGGUUAGAAAUGUGAUAAUUGGUGUGGCCUUGUUCCGGCGUGCGGGUGUCCGACGUCGGGUUUCUGAUGACUCAGUGUCUUUGGCGGAUGCUACUGAUGUGAUCUCACAUACGUCCCUGGACAGUGGCAGUUCUCAUCAGGAAGCUGCUAACGUGGAAGCAGUACCACAUGAUCACAGUAAGAUUGCAAACAUAACUGCUAACACCAUACAGCAGCAAGAUUCAACAGAUUAUGUGGCAACAAACAAAACUGCUAACACCAUACAUCAGCAAGAUUCAACAGAUUAUGCAGCAUUUGAUCGCUUCAGAUCACGUGUUGGUAGCAUUGUUCGACCAUCUGGUGCUCCAUUGCUCACGCCAAGGACCGCUCUGCAACAGCAGCCAUUUGAAAGCAGUGCAGGCUUGCUCAUGACGGGGCUUUAUGAUGGCCCGACUCUCUCAGAAGAGAGUGAUUUGUUCGAUGGGGAGGUUCCCAGUGAAGGCACUGCAUGCGUUUCACCCACAAAUCCAAGAAGACGAAAUCGUAGUGGAAGUUGCUCUGAGUUCAUGUUUGGUUUACGUCAGGGACAUCUUUCAGGAGGUGGUACCUGUCAAGGAAGCCCUCAGUCACCACGGUCUUCAGAUGCCAAUAGACCUUCUGAGUGCCUUCGGCUACUUAUCAGGUCUGAGAGUUUUGCGAAUGAUGCGCAGAUACUGGAUAAACUGAACCAGAUCAAGCUUCACCUACCUGGUGAUGCUAGUGGUAUGAAUGGUCGUGUUGCCCCCAUUCCUGAGGGAAGGGGAGAUGCAGACAAGUUUCGUGUCACGAAACCCAGUUCUAGCAGAUGCCUCUUUCGGCGCAGGAGCAGUUUUACUUUCCGCCGAACAAGUCGUGAGUCUUCCACGGAAAACCUGGAAGAAAGAAGCUCAGCUGGUAGCACUGAUGACUUGGAUUCUACAGGCAGCUGCACUCCAAAACAUUCUGCCAGCAAAUUGUUCUCCGGGCUGGGCGAUCAUGUUAGCCGUCUUAGUAGUGUGGUGUGGGAGCGAUCUGGGUCAAAGGGUAUGCUCGAUUUUGGGUAUACUAAAUCCGACCUUCAGACGUAUGUGAAGGCCCAUAAUAAGAAAAAUAGCAGUUUAGAUUCACUAGCCAGGGUUUCUGCGUGUGACAGUGGUGGAAGCAGUAGUGAUCUAGAGGUGCUGGGUACUAAGAGGAAUGGGGUGGGGGACACAUUGUCCAGAAUUAACAACUCCAGUGUGAGGGAGGAAUAUGAUAGCAACUGUGAUUCGCAAGAUGUGAUUAUGAACAGGACAAACAAUGUGUACGACUCACCAUCCAAAUCUCCAAGUUCACUAUCAUGUAAAACAUCACCAAUUCGAACACCUGUAACAGAAAAUGAUCCACUUGGUGCAUUAGAUGUGCAGGAGACUGCUGAAGCAAUUAAGGCUGUGGACAUUAAUGGAGAUCAAGCAGAUUCUGGCUCAGCAUCAUUAAGCUCGAUUGUUGCUGUGGGGAUCCUGGAGCAUGCAGAUGCACCUGGAGGCCCAGUUCUGUUUGGUGGACACACCAAGACAAGAGGGGUUUCACGCAGUGCCACUUUUGGUCAUGAUUGCUCCCGUAGUGAGUGUACAGAUUGUUUAGAGCAAGGGAAGUCAAUGCAUCGAUCAUCUACAAUGCCUGUUGAUGUACCAGUGUCCACUGCUGCUGGUGUCACCUCUGGUCUGGGGAGCAUUAGUUCCGGCUUCAAGUUGUCGUUCAGCCGCUAUUCCCCUGCUCGUCUUAGUCUGCGCAAAGCAGAUCUUCGCAUCAACACUCAGAUCAUAGGGAAUGCAAUCACUAACUUCAGCCCCAGCAAUUUGACAAGCAAGAAUGAAUUGCUUCGAGGUGGGCUUAGUACUCUGAAGUCAGCAGGAAAUUUGGUUGCCAAGAAAUUUGAUGAAAUCAAGGAGGCUAUUUCUGCCAACAACACACCUGUCAAACCAAGUCUAGGGCACGGACGGGUGAGUGGUGAAGCAGAGAAUCUGUGCUGUGAGGAAGAACCUACAGAUGGAAGCAAUGGGCCUGAACGGCGUGUUUCAAAUGAAUUUGUGCCGCUGACAGUACAUCAGCAUUUGGACCACUUUAGUGCCAACAUUAAGGAUCUGUUUGGAGAUGGUAGCCGUAAAGGGAGCUCCUCCAACUUGCAGCCCCUCGAUGAAUCUGGCCCUACACUGUGGUGUCAAUUACAGCUGAUUUCUGAACAGUUGUACCCACGAGAUGCUGCCAUCAGGGAUCAUCGUGCCCCAGUUGCACUGGAGCUUAUGUUGACAACCUGUUCAAAGUGCCAUAAUUGCUCAUCGGUGUUGCAUGAUGAGGAGAUCCUAGCUGGCUGGGCCCCUGAAGAUUCAAACCUAAACACAAAGUGUCAGUUCUGCGGGAAAGCCACUGUGCCAUUCCUGACCGUGAACGUGAUAGAUUAUCGGGCACAGCCUAUGAUGGAACACACUAGCAGCCAAGAAAGUGUGUCACAGGUGAAAGGGCAGAUGUCUAACUUUGGUAGUAGUACUUCGUCUGUUGAUGGGGAUUUGACAGGUCAGACAGCAAAACCCCAUGAGCCCAGUGACAUGGAGCAAGAUGUUAAGGGACUGCAAGCAGAACGAACACCAGUGGACCUGGAGCCCAUCACAGUGCCGUACCUCAAUCCCCUUGUGCUACGCAAGGAAUUCGAGAACAUCUUGUACAAUGAAGGAGACACCUGUCUCACCCAGCCUCGGUUUGUGGAUGAGCAUCCAAUCAUCUUCUGGAACAUGGUGUGGGUGUUCCAGAGGAUCAACAUUAUGAGUCACCUGCCUGGAUUGUGCCUUCAAGCUGCAUCUGUAAACAGGAAUCAGGUGCCCCACCCUUCAUGGGAAAACUGCGAUCAUAAUAAUGUGGCUGUACGCUGCAUGUGGGACAACCGACGUUUACAUGAGGAGGUUGGCCAGCCCAUGUAUGCCCUGUGGCAACAAAAUGAGCCGCCCAGCACCCUUGUGAGUGCCCUGAUCACAGACCGCACUUCAAUACCCCGAAGUGUAAUGCUGAUGGUAAUUUCUGGUGUCCGUUGCAAUGACUUGAUGGAGCCCCUGAAGAAGCUGGCUAUUGAAAGGCAAAAGCUGAAGGGGAAGGGAGUGAAUCGCAGCCACUCCCUUUACUGGGACAUCUUGUUCCUAGCCUUCACUGUCAUAGGCCGUGAGAACAUCGAUCAUGCUGAAUUUGACUGCAAGUACAUGGAAGCAUAUGAGCGUCUGCCACAAAGGGACCUGAAAUUGUACCAACGGUGCGACAAACCCCCGUCCAUUGCAUCUCUAUAUUGCAGACACUACUUCAAGGAGCUGGAACUCUGACAUGAUAUCACCUGCCCAGAUUCUAGAAUUUUGGAUAAAAUUAUGGAGGAAACUCGGAAUGGCAGAACAGAAGGGAGAACUAUGAAGAGCACCAUAUUCUGGAAUGUGACACCGUGUAGCCUGGUAGAAGCUUACCGACAUUUCGUAGGCACCUACUACAUCCACGUUCAAGGUGGAAGAGUAAGCCAUGCAAACAGAAAGCAGGUUGUCUUACAUUCACAGCUGAAGGAAACUGCAUAAAAAAAUAAAAUGUCAUUCAGUAAUUCCUGGGAAAAUACACAGGUAACCGUGGCAUAACUCAAAGCUGAUGUAUCUAUAGAAUAUCACCAUAUUUCCAUCAGUAAAUAUUUAAUUUGCAUUGCCUUAAUGCCAUUAAGUUCACAAAGAAUUGUACCUAUAAAGCUUUCUGAAUGAGUAACAAAAUUAUAUUUUCUAUAAAUUUGCCUUUGGGUAAUCUUACAGUUAGUAAAAACUGUGUUUUAACCCUCUGCCUGCCACUAGUUGUGUAGAUCAACUUGAUAUACUCAUGUUAAAAUUGCCAGAGUCUAAAGAGAUCAGCUUGACAUCAACUCACUUCAUAGAGCUUUUCUUUUUCAGUGGAUGGCAUCAAGUGUUACAUACCAGUGUUAAAGAGGAAAGAAGGCUCUGAUGCUAUUUAAAUCUGUAGUAUUAAGGGGUCUUGUGUAAAAUGCCAUUUAACCGAAGCAGCCUUGGUGUUUCUAGCAGGUAGCUCAGAGUGUGGCUAGACAAAGGGUUAAUUUUGUUUUAGCCCCUGCAACCGCCAAUCAGUGCAAUCCCGUGAGACCAGAAGAGACAGGACUAUUCUAUGAGAUAUGAUAAAAAUGCAUGUUUAUAAUUUCCAUCCUUUAUUAGUAUUGUUUAUUUACAGAAUUACCUGGUAUUAAUCAAAUUGUCUUAAUCUUACAAUGAAGCUGCAAGCUACAUUAUUAAUCUUGAUCACAAUUAAAAUUCUAGAUACUAGCAACUUUUAUAAAGUUACACCACAUUAAUAUACAAAAAUUCCAAAUGCAAAAAAUCUAUGUAGAUCAAUUAAUUAGUUUAGAAAUACAUUAUAAAUAAUCUCUAUCACACUAAAGCACAUUUUUGUAUUUAAAUUUAUGUAAAAGUUUUGAAAUCUUAACUUAUAUAGUAAUCUUGACAUUUUUUAAUUAGGAGCCAUAGCCAGUGUACAGUUAAAAGUGCGGGGGCCGGUUUUUUAUGGCACAUCCCUUACAUACAUACAUACAUACUUAUGCUUUAAGUUAAUAAAAACAUUUAAAGAAACAUGACAAUAAAAUAGGCCUUACAGUCUUAAGGAAGUCUCAUGCUGUUUAACCCCUUGCUUGUACUGAGCCAUGCAUUCUACUUAUGGCUCUGUUCAGAGGCUUCUCUACCUACCAACCCCCCCCCCCCCUUCAGCUGUUUCUAGCAGGGGGACAGUAGGAGAGAGGAGAUAGUGGACCUGCCCUUCCAUGGCCGGUGAAGGAGGUGGUGAAAUUCUGUUUAGUUUGGGUUGGUUUUCUCUUUCAGGCUGUGAAAGGGUAGUGUCCCUCCUUGGGGUUGAGGCGACUGUUUGGAGGUGCUCAGUUACUGCAGUCAGAGGAGGAGGUAGCAAAAUUCUGUUUGGUUUCUUCUUCUGGCUAGGGAAGGAUAGCGUGUCCCUUGGUUUUGGGAUGAGUGUAGCUAAAUUUAGCAGUUUCUUGGGGUGUGUAUCUUGCCUUGCUUUGGGAUUUUGUAUUGGGCCAAACAUUCCUUUGAGCUGUGUUUGACUUGUUUACUAGUGUGCCUGUAUCUCUCGGGAGGAUUUUUUCUAAGAGGGAGUGCCUCGCCAUCAAAGUGGUAAGUGAGUGGAAUUUUGUUUUUCCUUCUUUUCAAAAUUCAUGUUCUUUUGGCCCUUGAGUUGUUUUACGGGGCUGUUGACGGCGAGGCAUCUCCAAAAUACGCAACGUUGGUUUUGCGACGUCGUGAAGGGAGUUUGUAUUUCAUGGUAUUUUUAUUGUAUCCGAGUCAUUUUCAUUAUAUUAAAUAUUUGUUGUUAUUGUUAUCUGGAGAUUUUUCUGGCUGCCAUCGGUGAAGAUCUAUAACUUUGACACCCCACUCUAUCUCAGGGAUGAAGGCAUUAUGAAACAACAUAAAAGAACCAGGGACAAAAACAAUGUCUUCCCCUUGCUAGUUAGGUUAAGAGGGGAGGGGCUGCUCAGUACUAAUGUAGCAGAACACAGUAACAUUAAAAGAACACCAUUUUAAUGUAAUAAAAUCUAUUAAAUUAUUAUUUAAAACUGGUAAACACAGAAAUAAUGCACCACACAAAACAGUCCCACCACAAUUUAAAGAUUUCUGUUUCUAACAUAGCAUGACCAAGCUCAGGCAGAAGAAUAUAGCACUGCUGUCAGGUCUUCAUUUCAAUUCCAGACAUGUAAACUUGCAGCAACCAAAAUACAUACUAGUCUUGCAGCAGAAAUAUUCAUCAUUUGAUUCAAUUGGAAAGUAGAGUUUAGCAGUGCAGCUAGAAAAUAUGAUUGUCAGCCACUGGUGAGCACUGAAUAUUAAUAAGAGGGAUCAUAAUAUCAUAAUGAAACUAUAAUGUUUUAAAAGGAACUAGCAAAGGGUUAACAAUGUGGAUAAUGCAGUAACAGGAUAUCUGUAAUCAUAAUUACUGCUUCAAUCAUUAAAUGCCUUUAAAAGAAAAUACAUUUUGGGUUGGCAGGCAUCUUUCCUGUUGUAAAACAGAUGGUACAGUGGACUAUCAUGAGCCAACAGGGUUACAGAUUUCAUAUUUUUAUGCAAUCUUGGCAUAAAAUGAAUGUGUACUCCAUAUAUAUCUGCAUGUUUGACCUUUGAAACUACAAGACAUAUUCAAUUAAAUCUGCGCGAGUCUUAUUUCCUUCAGCAGGAGUUCCAUCAUCUGCUAUGUGUCCAUUUUUGUUUGCCUUAAUCUUUGUUAUUUGUCCUGUCGAUCACGUGUGUAAGUCCAAUCCCACUUCUAUAACACCAGUGUAAUGUGGUGUUUGUUAUCUCACAUCCAUCCCUCACUCUCACUCAUUCUCGCUGGGGAGGCCCAUGCUUCUGUAUUACCGGUUCCUCUUCUAUGCGCUUUUUUUUUUGGGGUGGGGGGGGGAGAGGGUCGACCCCUCCACAAGGUCCAUUCCUUGUUCUUUGUAUAUGUUCGAAUGUCAUGCAGCACAUCUGCUGCCCAGCCUUUGAGGGCUAUGAUUAAGUACGUCGAUUUUUUCCGAUGCGACCACUGGUUGCGCUCUGCUAUGGUCUUGAACUGGUGCUGGAACACACUUCAAGGUGUACUUCCAUUGAAUGUUGUUGGCUGAGCUGCAUUCGCACAGGCUAUUAGUCUACUUCUCCGCCAGGUAGGGGGCUUUUUCUUCUUCCAUGCAUCUCUCCUGCGUCAUGCCACUGCUACACGACAGGACACCUUC